GCAACCAUUUUUAAAAGUUUAUUUUGGAAAAUCAAGCAUUUCAUCUUGUGGAACUUCUCUUUGGAACAAAACAGUUUUAAAACAUUUUGAUUUUUCUCAUGCAAAAAGUUAUUUCAUUAUAAAAAAAAGGCUUCAAAAACUUGAUGAAGUUACAUGGACGAGUUGGACGAAAAAAUUAUUUUCGUUUUUCUAGAGUUUUUCAUAUAAAAAUUGAAGAUUGUGACCCCCCUCCACUUGGAAACCCGUUUCGUCGAUUAUAAAAAGACGACGAGAUGGCAUCCCGCCACAUCCCACCUCACUUCGAGCACUGAUAAAAGUAAAAAUGAAACCAGAAUUUACCUUAAGAGCCUUAAAAAAUUGUUGAUAAAUGCUGAAUAGAAGGGUACAGAAGCAGUUUGAUUUUUGAUGGAAUUUUUUGCUAAUUGAACAAGUUCAUUUUAUGUCGUUUUUGAACGUAGAGCAAUUGUAACAUUUGGAAACACGUCUUACAACCUGCUGUUGUAUAUGAACCUUAUAACUUCAAGAGGAGUACUGUUAUCUUAGAACGCAUGCGUAAUGUUUCACCAAAUAGCAGUGUUAAUAGCUUCAGUUCAAGUAAUAAAUUACUUUCUUCAAUGUCAAAAUUGGAUCGAAUUUUAAGUUAAUACAAACCGUUGGAUACGGAAAUAAAAAACUGUCCUCCAAUAUGGUGAUAAAAACUGUAUGGGAACUCGAGAGCUCAUUGCAGAAGAAGAUGAAGUCCAAACUAAUGGUCGCGUGUUUAAAAAAGUGAUAUUAGGUGAAUAUCAAUGGUUAACAUACAACCAAGCUUAUGAUCACGUAAAACGUAUUAGCAGUGGUAUUAAAGCACUUGGUGUAAAAUCUAAAGAUUAUGUUCUUAUUUUUGCUGAAACAAAAACAGAAUGGAUGCUUACAGCUCAAGCUUGUUUUCUUAGAAAUUUUUCUAUUGUUACAAUCUAUACUACUCUUGGUGAUGAUGCAAUAGCAUAUGGCUUCAAUCAAGUCAAGUCACAUAUUGUCUUCACAGAUGCUGUUUUGUUACCUAAAAUAAAGAAAAUAUUACCUCAACUUAAGUUUUUAAAAACAAUUAUAUAUUUUGGUGAUGUAAAAAAGUCAACACUAAGCGAUUUUCCUGAAGAUAUUCGAAUAUUUUCCUUGCAACAAAUUGAAGAUUUAGGAGCUAAAUUAAAAAACAUAAACGAACCAGUGGAUUCUCCCAAACCAGAUGAUGUUGCUGUUAUUAUGUAUACAAGUGGGUCUACUGGAGUACCUAAAGGUGUUGUUCUUACUCAUAAAAAUGUUACUAGUUGUUUAGAAGGAGCGUUAUCAUGUAUACCUGCUCUCACUGCACAAGAUAAGUACAUUGGUUAUUUACCACUGGCACAUAUAUUAGAACUUUUAGUUGAAUGUGGCGUUCUUUCCCGUGGUGUUCCAAUAGGAUAUUCAAAUGCUUUGACACUAUCAGAUCAAUCAUCAAAAAUAAAGAAAGGAACUAAGGGUGACAUUUCAGUUAUUAAACCAACAAUAAUGGCUGCUGUUCCAAUGAUAUUUGAUAGAAUUCGUACAGCAGUUAUGGACAAAAUUAAAAGUGGACCUCGAACAACUUACCUAUUAUUUCAUUUUGCUUAUCAAUAUAAGCUUAAACAAGUGCGUAAAGGAUAUGAUACACCAUUAUUAAAUCGAUUGAUCUUCAAUAAAGUAAAAUCAAUCUUAGGUGGUGAGCUUCGGUUUAUGUUGUGUGGAGGCGCACCAUUGUCUCCUGAAACAGAGGAGUUUUUAAACAUUUGUUUUUGUUGUCCGGUAGGACAAGGGUAUGGUUUAACUGAAACCUGUGCAGCUGGAACUGUAUGUGCAGAAUGGGAUCAUUCUACUGGUCGUGUUGGUCGACCUCUUACAUGUUGUGAAUUAAAGCUUGUUGACUGGGAAGAAGGUGGUUACUUGACUAGUGAUAAACCUCAUCCAAGAGGUGAAAUAGUAAUUCGUGGUCAAAAUGUAGCAAGCGGUUAUUUUGAAAAUCCUGAAGCUACUGCAGAAGUUUUCAAGAUGGAAGAUGGAAAAUGGUCUUUCUACACUGGUGAUAUUGGUGAAGUGCACCCUGAUGGAGUCUUUAAAAUAAUUGAUCGUAAGAAAGACUUGAUUAAAUUAUCGCAUGGUGAAUAUGUUUCUCUUGGCAAAGUAGAGUCAACAAUUAAAAACUCAUCUUAUAUUGAUAAUUGCUGUGCAUAUGGCGAUAGUCAAGCAAGCUACCUCGUUCUACUUGCUGUGCCUAAUCACACAGCCAUUAUGGAGCUUGCAAACCAAUUAAGUGUUAGCGGAUCAUUUGAAGAUGUAUGCAGAAACAAGAGUGUGAUAGACGCAAUAAUGAAAGAUAUCAACGUUUUGUCAAUUAAAAAUGGCCUGAAUAAAACAGAACAACCUGCUAAAGUGAAAUUGUGUACCGAAAAUUGGUUACCUGAAAAUGACCUUGUAACUGCUGCAUUUAAACUUAAAAGAAAAAGUAUUGAAAAAUUUUAUCAAAGAGACAUUGAGAUGAUGUAUCUAAACUAACAAGUUAUUAUCAUUUUUGUAAAUAGGUGUUUGCAGUUUUUAUAUAUGUAAUUAGCAGAUUAAAUUUAUCGCAUUUUAAAAAAGAAUGAUGUUAAUAUACAUGUUUUUCAUAUUGUCGCCUUUUUGAUUUUCUCUAUAGAUGCUCGUUUAGUUAUAAAUUUUUUAUAUGUGAAAGUUUAUAUUUUCAUAUCUGUAUAAACAAUCUUGUAACGUUUUUUCUACAAAGUUUCUUAAACCAA